AUGUCGCAGCAGCAAGACUACAAGUUCGAGGGCUGGAACGCGCUCGACAAGAACUCGGUCAAGGGCCAGAUGGUUUGGCAGGAGUACGAGCCCAAGGCGUUCGCCGACGACGACGUCGACAUCAAGAUCAUGUACUGCGGCGUCUGCGCCUCGGACAUCCACACCAUCUCGGGCGGCUGGGGCGACAUGCCGUGGCCGGUCGUGACGGGCCACGAGAUCCUCGGCGAGGUCGUUCGCGUCGGCCCCAAGGUCAAGCACGUCAAGGUCGGCGACAUUGCUGGCGUCGGUGCGCAGAACGACUCGUGCCUCGAGUGCGACCAGUGCCUCAAGCACCGCGAGCCGUACUGCGACAAAGGACAAACUGGUACCUACGCCGGCAUCUACUACCGCGAGGGUCCGGGCAAGGGCGCCAAGUCGUACGGCGGCUACGCGAACUACCACCGCGCACCCAGCCACUUCGUGGUACCCAUUCCCGACGGCCUUGACCACGCUCUUGCGGCGCCCAUGCUCUGCGGCGGCGUCACCGUCUACUCGCCGCUCGUCCAGUACGGCGCCGGCAAGGAGGCCAAGGACGUCGGCAUCGUCGGCAUUGUGUUCGCCAAGGCCCUCGGCGCCAACGUGACGGCCAUCUCGCACAGCGAGAGCAAGAAGGCCGACGCCGAGAAGAUGGGCGCGACCCGCUUCAUUGCGACGCACAGCGGCAAGGAGGAUGACUUCAAGCCGUACGCGCGCUCGCUCGACCUCAUCGUCGCGACGACCAACGACGAGUCGAUGCCCCUCACGGGUUACCUCUCGCUCCUCCGCCCCGGCGGACACCUCAUCCUCGUCGGCGCGCCCGAGAAGCCUCUCCCGGCCAUCCCGGCGUUCCCGCUCAUCCUCAACAACGUCCACAUCGCCGGCUCGGCCAUUGGCUCGCCCAAGCUCAUCAAGGAGAUGCUCGAGCUCGCCGCCAAGCAGAACGUCAAGUCGUGGAUCGAGAAGCGCGACAUCAAGGACGCGAAUCAGACCGUCAUCGACAUGAAGGCGAGCAAGGCUCGUUACCGCUACGUCCUCGUCAACACAGCCAACGGCGGCAAGCUCUGA